AUGGUAUUCCAUCGACCGACCGGUAGCUUCUGGAUCAGCAUAUUGGCCGUACUGUCCGCCCUUCAAUCGUCUGUCGGAAGCGCCUUUAAUGUGAUUUAUGCGAUCAAUGCUGGUGGCGAUGCACAUACUGAUUCGCAUGGAAUAUACUACCUGGGUGACCCGUUAAAGGGUAAGAUAGGCACCGAAUCGGACUAUGGCCGACAGCUGCUAGCAAUCAAUCGAGUCAGUAAGCAUGAUGAGAUUCUGUAUCAAACGGAACGCUACCAUCACGAUACGUUUGGUUACGAGUUGCCAGUAUCGGGUGACGGUCAGUACGUACUGAUAUUGAAGUUCUGCGAAGUGUACUUCAACAGCCCAAACAUGAAAGUUUUCGAUGUGUUGCUUGAUCGGCACACGAUCGUAUCGGAUUUAGAUAUAUACGCUUUAGUAGGUAAAGGCACUGCGCACGAUGAGUACAUAUACUUUACCAUCUCGCGAGGACGGCUAUAUAUUAAGGAUAAGAAUUCGGAAAUUCGUGGCAGUAAAUUAAAGCUAGAGUUCCUGAAGGGAUUCAAAGAUAACCCGAAAAUUAAUGCAAUUUUGCUCAUCAAGGACUACAAUGAGGCCAUUCUGCCCCGUUUGCCGCCGCUGAUUAACGACCAUCAUACCGGUGCUAGCGGGAUGGACAGUAUUGGCGAACAGUACCAUUCACAUUCAUAUCCCGCAGCCGAUGAUGAUGGCCCGAUCGUCGAUGGUGCGGAUGAUAAUAUCAUGGACGAUUUUCUGAGCGCAUCCUCGGACGAGUCGACAAAAUCAUCGUCCAAAAUGCGUAAAACUAGCGGCCCAAAACAACCGAACCCGUACUCGUUGGACGAUUCCUCUAUAAUGCUGCCUGUGUUCAUUGCAAUCGGAGCAUUCAUACCGUUGUUAUUUUGUCUUUGUAGGCUGUGAUUUGUUAUAUUUUAAAUUAGCUGGCUAGGUUAGGA